AUGAGACUUCCAUCGUCUGUGGCCACGUUGGCCGCAUUUUGUCAAUUGGCAGCUGCUAUUCCAUCCAGCGGUAAUUCGAGCGACUACGAAUACAUUGUUGUCGGGUCAGGCGCUGGUGGUGGGACCGUUGCAGCAACUCUCGCCCGCAAGGGACAUUCCGUGUUUCUCAUCGAAGCAGGUGGCGACCACGGAGAUGACUUGAUUCAAGAGAUGCCGAGCCGAGCAAGUACCGCCAUUGAGAAUAGCGCGAUGGCUUGGCAGUUUUAUAUCAACAAUUACCGAAAUCAGACACAGGGUCGGAGAGAUUCUAAGUACACCUAUCGUCUUUCUGACGGGACAUUAUAUUAUGGACUUGACCCGCCGGCCGGUGCAGAACCUCUUGGUACACUCUACCCUCGAGGAGCGACGGUGGGCGGGAGCACGCAGGUGAAUGCACUAAACUGGGCCGCGGCUUCAGACAAAGACUGGGACUUGAUUGCUGAGUACACCGGGGACGAUUCCUGGAGUGCAGAGGCAAUGAAGCCCUACUUUGUUGCCUUGGAGAACCGCACUUACCGUGAGGAAGUUGCACCAGCACUUGGCUUUGAUGGGUUCAUCUCGACCAACCGAAAUAAUGUAACGUACAUCACGGGUCGACCUGAUCUGGCCGAAUUCAUGUCAAACGCAAUACGACAUACCGAAGGGGUGAACGUCUCAGGUAUCGACCACUUGACAGAGUUCUUGCAGAGAGAUGUGAACGACCCGAUGUAUAGCUACACGCCUGGUGCGUAUCAACUUAGUGUAGCUAUGACGGAGGAUAGACGACGAUCUGCAGCCCGGAACUAUAUCGUAGACACGAUAGCAGCCGGAUAUCCCCUGACACUCAGCACACACUCGCUCGCCUCCCAUAUCCUGUUUGACCGCUCUAGCAGCGUACCAAGGGCUGUUGGGGUUGAGUACAUGGUCGGAGAAGCUUUGUAUGGCGCCGAUCCCCGAUUCAAUGUCUCCCAAACAGGCCAGGUGAAAACUGUCAGCGCUUCAAAAGAGGUGAUCGUGUCCGGAGGUGUGUUCAACACACCGCAGCUCCUUAAGCUGAGUGGUGUUGGGCCACGCGAGGAGUUAGAAAGCUUCGGGAUUGAUGUCAUAGUCGACUCUCCUUCCGUGGGAAAAUAUCUUCAGGAUCAUACCGAGGCAAUCGUCGUCGUUAACGCCACUGAACCCUGGUCGAAUGACCCUAAUGCGAACUGCACCCGUCAAUUCGACUCUACAGACCCCUGCUUCCUCGAAUGGCAGAACUCGGGGACCGGCCCAUACGGUGAAGGUGCCGCCCCCCUUUCAAUCAGACACCGUUCUAGUCAGAGCGAGGAUGAGGAAAUCGAUAUUUGGAUAUAUGGAUUCACUGGUGCGAUAGUUCGCGGCUGGUACCCCGGUUUCUCUCAGGCCUCGCCAGCCCCGUCCUCCUUGUCCUUUGCCAUAAUCAAGACUCAGACACCUGGUGACGAGGCCACGGGCACUGUCACCCUGCGUUCGGCGAACCCACGCGACACGCCUGAAAUCGUGGUUGAUUGGCUCCAGGGUGAACAUGGGGAGCGCGACCUGGAAAUAUUGACCGAGGGAGCUCAACUCUUGUACAGCAUAAUGGAGGAUUCCUCAUCUCCUCCUGCUCCUUACUCCCGGGUUCAGCCAGGCGAAGGAGUCGAUGUCGCCCAGAAUUUGAAAGAUGAGGCUUUCGGCCAUCACGGUGGCUGUACCUGCCGAAUGGGUCCAGCCAAUUCGCUUGACCAUUGUGUCGACUCCGAGCUUCGCGUCAAUGGUGUACACGGUUUACGUAUCGUGGAUAUGUCGGUUUUCCCGCGAGUCCCGGGUGCUUUCCCUCAGCAGUCUACCUACAUCAUGGCUCUGAAAGCCGCGGAUAUAAUCUCACAGAGCGGGGUAUAA